AUGGCUCCCAGACACGCCAGACCCCGCGAAAUAACCAGCCAGCCGGCCUACAAGUUCCCCACUCUCUACGCUGCUCCGUACGAGUGCAUGUUCCCUGUGGUGGCCACCAAGCCGGAACUGCUGUCCAAAGACGGCAUCGACUUCACUGCCAGCGUGCGCUUUGAGCCUAACAACGUCCAAAAAUACUCACAGCCUAUCAACAUCAAGUACACUGUAUCUUCCAGCGCUCAGAAAGCCAGCCGCGAUCCCCUGAAACGGGUGUUUGCUCAUUACGAGGAAGACAGAGUCAGCGGACUGGCUUUUGGUGUUUCCACCAUCACGUGCGGCCCAGACGGCAGGGUCAGCGUCGAGCGGUCCGCAGCAAUAUUCCCAGAUACCCCUGUUGGCUCGAAACGGUCGCUGGACAGCCUGGACGUGUCGUUUGGCACGACCACUCCGUCGCCGGUGGUGGUGCAACGGCUGGGCUCUCUCAAGAAACGCAGACACGACAGGCUCGACAACUCGAUGACGAUCUCCCAGCGGGCCAUCUUGCGCAUGGUGGACGACUCGCUCGUCUCCAGCGACACGGAGCUGUACACGUCGAUACUGCAGGAGGUGCGGCCGCAGACGUCCAACGUGCGAGCCUCUCGAACGGAGAACGAGGCCGCGAAGGAAACCGUCAGCAUCGACGCCGAAGACCUCAAACUGGCGCUUUCGGAGAGAGCGCUGACUCCGCUAAAUUUGGGAGUUUUCAGGGACGACUAG